GUUUGGUUUUUAUCACAACUGUGUAGCAGCGGGGUUAGCCGUUUAAAUGCACCCGGGCUAGCCAGCUGCACACUUCUACUAAAAUGACUUGUCUUUUAGCAUAGUAACUUCUCAACACCUCCUGGGCUUUUAAGCCAGAGGAUACUGUAAUGUUUUCAAAGAAUGGAAUCGGACGAAGUGACGCUGAGGGAGCAACUUUUUCACAACCGCGUCCGUGAAACAAUAAUCUGUGUCCUUCUGUUUUCCUGCCUGUACAUACUCUGCUACCUCAUCCUCACCCACUUCAAGAAGACAGCAGAGUUUAUCACAGAUGAUGCUGAAGAUGCCACUGUCAACAAGAUUGCGCUGUGGCUGUGCACGUUCACGCUGUCUGUGGCCGUGUGCGCUGUUUUACUGCUGCCCAUCUCGAUCCUGUCCAAUGAAGUGCUGCUCGCUUUCCCACACAGCUACUACAUGCAGUGGCUCAAUGGCUCGCUCAUCCGUGGCCUGUGGAACCUAGUUUUUCUUUUCUCAAAUUUGUCACUGGUCUUCCUCAUGCCCUUUGCCUACUUCUUUAUCGAGUCUGAGGGAUUUGCAGGCUCCAGAAAGGGUGUUAUGGCACGGGUGUAUGAGGCAGUUGUCCUCCUGUUGUUGCUGGCUCUGCUUGUCAUGGGCAUUGUGUGGGUGGCAUCAGCUAUACUCCACGACAAUAUUGCCAGAAAAAGCCUGUAUGACCUGUGGGAAUACUACCUGCCAUACCUCUAUUCGGGCAUCUCUCUCUGUGGAGUCUUGCUACUUUUGUUGUGUACGCCCUUUGGACUUUCUCGUAUGUUCAGUGUAACUGGAAGUCUCCUGGUCAAGCCUAGGCUUUUGGAAGAUGUGGAGGACACUUUGAACUGCACUGCAUUUGAAGAGGCUACUCUGUCUAGGAAAAUAAAGUAUGGCAGAGCAUCAUGCUGGGUGAAGCUGGACAUUGAAACAAUGAAAAGAGAAUAUCAAGCAGCUCAAAACAAGCGCAUCUCUCUGGAAAUGCGUCAGAAAGCAUCAGCUUGGCAGCGAAAUUUGGGCUAUCCUCUUGCUAUGCUUGCUCUAUUGGCAAUGACGGUCAUGUGCGUGCUCAUGGUCUGCUUCAAUGUGCUGGAGUUGCUGCUUGAUGAGAAGGCUAUGCCCAGAGGAAUGGACGAUCCUCAUCUGGGUAUGGCCUCUUUUUCCAUGUUUGGUUCGCUGGGUGCUGCCGUUCAAGUUGUCCUCAUACUCUAUCUCAUGGUGUCAUCAGUAGUUGGCUUCUACAGCUCUCCACUCUUCAUAAACCUUCUUCCACGAGCGAAGGAUACCAACCUCACCCAGAUAAUAGCAAAUUGUGUGUCACUGCUCAUCUUGAGCUCAGCACUGCCCAUCUUCUCACGGACCCUUGGAAUCACCCGCUUUGAUCUACUUGGAGACUUUGGUCGCUAUGACUGGCUUGGGAACUUCUACAUAGUGUUUCUGUACAAUAUGAUGUUUGCUGGGCUCACGUCUGCCUCACUGAUAAAGACAGUCACCUGGGCGGUCCAGAGAGAGCUUAUUCGUGCCUUUGGUCUCCACAAACUGCCUUUAACAGUGUCUCGUUCGACUGUCCCCUUCAGGCUCCUUUUAGCAAGUGGACUGUCAAAAAUACAGUGACUUGUUCACAUAAAGACACUAAAUCACUAUAAUAAAAGUGUUUUUUUCUAUGGAGUUCCUUUUGGAACAGCGAGACUACAAUGCCUGUAAAGGACCACGGUGACUCUUGCAGUCACAGUCUAGUCUCUGCACACAGGGUCUGUGGGAGCAGAUUCCCGAGUCAUGGUAAUGACUGAUACAGUAGUGAGGGCAGAACUCACACUGUGUUACCAGUGUAUGCUUAAAGGCAUGUAUAAUAGAGUGCAAUAGCCAAACCUGGUGCCUUAUCUAAAGCAGGGCUGGGCUGCUCAUAUGUGAAAGUCAGCAUAGUUAUUUUCAAAUAUUACAUAGUAAGACAGACGUAAUUUCCUUUUCCUGCUCUGGGCCGGUAGAGUGCUCUGUUGUUUUUGUGUAGCCCCUCCACUCUUGGAAGGUUGAUACCACUAUUUUAGGAGUGUGUGUUUGGUACUUCAGUGUUAUAAAGUGACUCUUCUCAUUUUGUGUGAAAUUGGCACAGAUAUUUGUGUAAAUACAGAUUAUGCUGGGAACAUCAUUAGACGGUUUACAAUUAGAAUAGAAUAUUCAUAAUUACCAGUCCCAGUAGCACUUGGGGCUGUCGUUUUACAAAAUCAAUUUUAAAGUGCAUAAAUGAUGGAGCUUUAUAUUAUAGCUUUUAUUUUUAGUCACAUGCAGAGAUUUUCCAUUUUGAUUAACACACAGGAGAUAAAUCUGCCUUUGACCGACUGUACUGUGAAUAAGUGUGGGACACUGCAAUAUUAUCAAUAUUUUUUUUUUGUCUUUCUCACAAAUCACAUUCAAUUUGUUGAAGUAGGCUAUUUGUUAUGAUUAGUUUAAAAUAGAUUUAUUUAAGAUGUACUAUUGUGAAGAUAAGACCACAGAUCUGUUAAGUUUUAUCUAUACAAAAUGGGAAAGUAUUUUAUUAUGUGUUUUCUUAAUGAGCAUUUUAUUGUCUUAUUGCCAUUGGUGACGUGUCACCAUUGCUGUUAUUGCUGUAUCAGCAGAUUUUUUACUGUGGGCCAAUCGAGCAGGUGAUGGUGUCUGCAAAUCUCCACCCCUGCCAUAUGAGUCACUCUGACUAUAGGUUUACCAUUUUGUGUGAAAUGUUAUACUGUAUUAUAUUGUUCAGAUCAGUUGUUAUUGUUGUUCUUGAGCACUGUGGGGUUACUUUUUCUUAACUUUUUGGGAAGCCAAAGUUCUUUCGUGAUGCAAGGGUAUUUCAAGGACAUAAUAGCUUAAAGUAUUGAAUGUAAUACAGUUGACGUUAAGUAUUCAGCAUUGUACUUAAAGAAAAAAAGUGUGUAUUGUUUACCUUUUUAAUGCUCUGACAAUUGAGAAUUUUCAUUUAUGUAUAAUACAAAUAAUACAAAAUAAACCUUUUUUUUAAGUUUG